AUGACGAGUACUCCUCCCAGCGGUUGGCUGCGACAACCGAGAGUGAUCUGGCUUGGGAAGGGCGGAGAGGAUUCCCUAGACGUGCAACUUGGGCGCCGAGGAAAGUUAGGUUUUAAGCUUAAGCUUUAUGAACAGAGAGGACUUGGCCCGCCACGCCGAGCUCGGGCAAGAGACAGGUUUCUCGCGAACUUUACGCUGGAACUUACCAAAGGCCUCGUGCCAGCCACUCGCUAUGUUUGCAGAGCUAAAAUGUUCAUCCAGGAGGAAAGUACUCCGUACUCCGUACGCAGAUGGCAUAAGUCACUGGCUAAAAAGAAAAGGCGAAAGCUUGUGCAUACGGAGGGCAUAAGGGUGCUAAGUCUGUUUGCGAAAAGCCCAAUAUUGAAAUUUUAG